CAAAAGCAAAUGCACAAGGACAGGUCGCAGAACGGACAUGAUCCAUGGACGAGCCAUCUUCACGUCAUGAUAACUCCACUCGUCCAAACCCGCUUCUGUGGCUUCUCUUGAGGGUUCAUGCUUUGGCACACCUCUGGCUUCGUUUACCUAAGAAGGUAGCUGGAUUAUGUACGAGAUGUUUGUUGUUGCUGGAGCAGCUUUGCGGCACAGGCGCAAACCUAUUUCAACUCGUCAUUCUUGCAACACAACACUGGGUCUUCAGCAUCCUAUCCCUCGCCUCGUCUGUUUCAUAGCGCAACUGCAUCUCGACUGCCUCUGCCACUAUGAACAGCCAACUCUCUUUCCUCUUUGUGCUUCUUAGCCUGCUUCCCUUCAUCUCAGGCCUUCCUCAGGUUGCACAUCCCUCUUCCGCCACCCCGCAGCCUUUCACUCCUAUCAAUCCUUUCGACAUUGGCCCUCACCUUGCCCCGCCGACCUUUCCGAAAACAGCUGUAACAAGCACGCACAAGACAUCCGUUACUCAGACGCACACGACCACCGCUACCGCCGGACCGGCAACUUUCACGCCGCUGCAGCCCCCGCCUUUCGUUUCCGCGUCGAACAGCACUUUGAAGAGCACUGCCCACUCAUCCAAAUCUACGGACUCCGUCAUUGCGACCCUGUUGGCACCGAGCGCGGCCGCCCGUAGGGCGCUCGACCGGCAUAUCGUGCCAUCCAAGUCCUCGUCCACGACACGCAUCCGUACGGUAGGCAACGUGCCGCUGGCCACCUCAGUGCAUUCCUCGGGCAAGCCCACGCAGCCCCAGCCGUUCACCUCUGUUAUCCAAUCCAGCACACUGAAGGGCGUGAAGGGCACCGUUCAUACGGCCCGCGCUUUUUAGAAAUAGUGUUGUCAUUUUCCAACGU